UGAUUGGUUAAUCGUGACGCCAAUCAGGAACCUGAUGGGUUGGUUGUUGUGGCCUGCAAGAACCGUCAAUAUUAAAGAGAAUCGGGGUUUUAUCCCACGAAAACCCUCUUAUUAGAUCUCGGAUGUCCAAGUUCUCACUCCUUCUGUUGAGGCAUGGAGAGGGGGCCUGGAACAAAGAGAACCGGUUCUGCAGCUGGGUGGACCAGAAGCUGAGUGAAGAUGGGGUGAAGGAGGCCCGGGACUGUGGCAGGCUCUUGAAGGAGCAAGGCUACCAGUUUGACAUGGUGUUCACCUCUUUACUCAGCCGCUCCAUCCAUACGGCAUGGCUGGUGCUUGAGGCUAUGGGGCAGGAGUGGGUUCCUGUAGUCAAAUCUUGGAGACUCAAUGAACGCCACUACGGAGCCCUCAUAGGACUCAACCGGGCCGAGAUGGCUCAGAAACAUGGAGAAGAAAAGGUCAAGUUGUGGAGAAGGAGCUAUGAUCUCACUCCACCUCCCAUUGAUGAAUCCCACCCUUACUUCCUGGAGAUCUACAGCGACCGCCGAUACUCCACCUGUGAUGUUCCAAACGACAAACUUCCCAAAUCUGAGAGCCUAAAAGAUGUGUUGGGCAGGCUUUUGCCAUAUUGGAACGGCACUAUAGCCCCAGAGAUAAGGAAAGGCAAGACUGUACUCAUAUCUGCUCAUGGAAACAGCUGCCGGGCGCUGCUGAAACAUCUGGAAGGUAUAUCAAAUGAGGACAUCGCCAAAGUGACCUUACCCACAGGGGUACCAGUGCUGCUGGAGCUGGAUGAGAACCUCCGACCUUUGACACCCCGCCUGCUGUUGGGAGACCAGGCGGAGAUCCAGGCAGCCAUUAAAAAGGUGGAGGACCAGGGAAAAGCCAAACCGUCAAACUGAACACAUAAAUGUUACUCAUUGCCUAAAAACGCUGAGGACCGUUUAGCCUGACCUGUAAAAAAAAUACACAAAACUUGAACGAAUGAUAAAGUAACAGUAGGCAAUAAUAACAGGAUUUAAUUGGAAGGAAUAAGCUAAUCGAUGUGGGUCUCAAAUUUUAAGCCGCUGUAUAUCUGUGAGUUGACCGGAUUGGAGUACAAACAGUACGCAUCCUGUUAGGAAAACAUGGAAACUGUAGAUGUUUUUGCACUGUGUUCUGUUUGUAUACACGGAUGAACUCUGUCUUAUUUGUGAGAGUUCCUACUUCUUCCUUUUAGUGAGCCGUUAGGGGAUUAUUUAUUUAUUUAUUUAUGGAUUUCCCACCUCAACUAACUCAUUUCAAGUUAAUUAGCGUGAGAUGCUAAAAUCCGAGGAAAAUUGUUUCAGAACCAUCUUUUUUAGUCGGUUACAUUGAUGUUAAAUGUCUGCCCUAAACUUUAAACAGGUUAGUUUGUGCUGAGAGAAUGUUCAUUUGGCAAAAACACAUCCGCUGUCUGUCUACCACUGAUUGUUUGGCUGCUUCAAAAACAGCAGGAGGAAUCUGUUUUCUCAAUGUUGGUUCUCGCUCAUCAUGGGGAUCCGAAUAGCUAAGUCAGCUCAAAGUUUGUUUGUUUUUUCCAUUUAAGAACUAAACUCAUAAAAAGCUGAACAGAUAUUUGUCUUUGUGAGCAUCAGAACUUACACUACCUCCUUCUGGGUUUCACUCAGGAUUCGCUCUAUCUGCCUUUAUUACCACAAUCAGGAACCAGCUCUCCAAACCUCUUUGUGCACAUUUAUAGUAAAACCCAUCCCUAUUAACUUCAUUUAACAAACAAAUUAAAUAUGGUUAAUAAACAGACUAGAUAUCCCAACCUGUCAAUGAGAUUUGCCAAUCUAGAUGUAUGUGAAAUAGAUUGCAAGUUCUCUCAAGCAAACUUCUGAGGCAGACAAAAUCUGGUAAUUUAUGAAACAAAAUACUAUUACUUUGUUCCGGUACUAACAUUUAAAGAUUGAGAGAAUUUUUUUCUGACAAAGGAAAUUGGUUAAAAAAUGAAUAAGCUGUGAGGCACAGAAAUGCUGCAGAUGAACAAAGCUUCUGAAAUACGUCUGUAUCUGAAUUUCUGUUUCUGUUCUGUAUGUUUAAAGUAUGCUCGCUAUGGUGCAGACAUUACUGAAACACUGGGUUAAAGUGCAUUGGUAUAACUAUAUUCAUGUUAUGCAUACAUGAUGGGUAUUACUUGAGAAUUCAAAGAGAAGUCUUUAGUUCAUCUAUUUUGGUCAAUGUAGUUUUGUAAAAAUGUUAAGUUAAACGUUGGACUCACUUUACUGUAAUAAACUAAAGGAGUUGGGAUUUAGAUUUUUUUGGUUUAAUAACAAGGUUGAAUAUGUUACAAACUGCCAACAUAACAUCAUAAUAUUUAUUUUUACUUUUGACAAAGAAUAGAUAAAUAUGGGAAGUGUUAUUGCUGAAGUGUAUGUUUGAUCUUUUUUUAAGUGUUUUAGUAAAAAGCUGUGCCACUAUCUCGUCACACUUCCAUCUAAAUGUUGUUUUAGUCAAAUUGACCAUUCGUUUGCUAGCUCCUAUAAGAACAUUCAUACCAGGUUUGUGGGUGGGGAACACUGAUAUUAGUAUUACGUCUUUUUUUUUUGUCAUCAGUUUGGUUUUGUUUGAUGAAAUAAACAGAACUUUCUGGAAGUUGCUAAGCAUU